CCUCAUUCCUCUGCUUCGCCUUGGCUGUGCACCUGUGAAUAGCUCAGCACAAAACAGAGAAAAAAUAAAUUGACAACGAUUUCCGAGAGCUUGUCUAAAAUGGGGCAUCUGGCAGUUCUAGCUACUUGUUCGCUGAACCAAUGGGCGCUUGACUUUGAAGGUAACGCCGAACGUAUCAUCGAAAGUAUCCGUAUCGCGAAGGAGGCUGGAGCGUCUUUGAGAGUUGGGCCGGAACUUGAGAUAACUGGAUAUGGCUGUCUCGAUCACUUCCUGGAAGGUGACACAUACCUCCACUCCUGGGAGAUUCUCGCAAAAAUCAUCGCCCACGAAGAUUGUCAGGACAUCCUCCUUGACAUCGGAAUGCCGAUCGGCCACAAGAACAUCCGCUAUAACUGUCGCGUCAUUGCCCACAAUAAGAGGAUCCUGCUCAUCCGUCCAAAGAUAUAUCUUGCCAACGAUGGAAACUACCGUGAGAUGAGGUACUUUACCGGAUGGGGGAGGACAAAGUAUGUUGAAGAGUAUUACUUGCCCAGGAUCAUCAUGACCAUUACGGGUCAGAGGAAGGUGCCGUUUGGCGAUGCGGCAAUAUCUACGUUAGACACGUGUAUUGCGCCGGAGACUUGCGAGGAGAUGUUCACUCCGAAUAGUCCACAUAUCGGGAUGUCGCUGGAUGGGAUCGAGAUUAUGACGAAUUCCAGCGGAAGUCACCAUGAGUUGCGGAAGCUGCAGACUAGGAUAGAGCUCAUGACUGAGGCAACCAAGAAGUGCGGCGGUAUAUACCUGUAUGCAAAUCAACAAGGAUGUGACGGAGAUAGGCUUUAUUACGAUGGGAGUGCCAUGAUUGGGAUCAACGGUAAAAUUGUCGCUCAAGGCACGCAAUUCUCUCUUCAGGAUGUCGAAGUUAUCACAGCAACCGUGGACCUUGAGGAAGUCCGCAGCUUCCGCUUCGCACCAUCUAGAGGCGUACAAGCCGUUCAGAACACUCCUUACCAACGCAUCGAAGUGGACAUCAGUAUCUCCGCUCCGAGCGACAGAGCGGAGAUUUCUUUGAAACCCACGCCGACUAUCGACAUUCGAUACCACUCUCCUGAGGAGGAGAUUGCUCUUGGGCCUGCUUGUUGGCUUUGGGACUACCUGCGUAGAUGCGGUGGUGUUUCCGGGUAUUUUUUGCCGUUGAGUGGUGGCAUUGAUAGUUGUGCCACUGCUACCAUUGUUCAUUCGAUGUGCCGACUUGUCCAUGAGGCUUGUGAGAAUGGCGAGGAGCAAGUAAUCAAAGAUGCGCGAAGGGUAUGCGGAGAACCCGAGGAGUCUACUUGGGUUCCGAGGACACCUCAAGAGCUCGCUGGGAGGAUAUUCCAUACAUGCUUCAUGGGUACCAAGAAUUCUAGUGCAGACACUCGUGCACGAGCUAAGGAGCUAGCGGAUGCCAUUGGGGCAUACCACAUUGAUUUGGAUAUGGACUUUUUAGUAAAGGCAGUUACUGAUCUGUUUAGCUUGGUCACCGGGAAGAGACCUCAAUUCAGGGUUCAUGGUGGCACAAAAACGGAAAAUCUGGCUCUGCAGAAUAUUCAGGCGCGAUUGAGAAUGGUCUUAGCAUACUUGUUUGCUCAACUACUUCCCUGGUGCCGCGGAAAACAAGGCGGUUUAUUGGUUCUUGGAAGUGCGAAUGUCGAUGAAUGUCUCCGCGGCUACAUGACUAAAUACGACUGCUCAAGUGCAGAUAUUAACCCCAUAGGCGGCAUAUCCAAGACCGAUCUAAAACGUUUCAUAUCCUAUGCCACAGCCAAGUUCAAUCUGCCAAUCCUACACUCCUUCCUCACCGCGAUCCCAACAGCCGAACUCGAACCCAUAACUAGCACGUACGUGCAAUCCGACGAGGCAGACAUGGGCUUUACAUACGAUGAACUCUCCACCUUUGGCCAAUUGCGCAAGAACCACAAACUUGGACCCUGGAGUGCAUUCAAUCGGCUCCUGCACGAGUGGGGAGAUAGGAUGAGCCCUCGAGCUAUCGCUACUAAGACCCGGAAUUUCUUUUACUAUUACGCAAUUAAUAGACAUAAGAUGACAGUCUUGACGCCUGCAUACCACGCCGAGCAGUAUAGCCCUGACGAUAACCGGUUUGACCUUAGGCCGUUUUUAUAUCCGCCAUUCUCAUGGCCGUUUAGGAAGAUUGAGGAGACGGUUGCUGCUAUCAAUGCUAGAGAGAAGAUGGAUUAGAGUGACGUGGGAGCAGGAGUCCGAUAUUGGGUGAUAUACUGAGGGCGGAAGCUACCACGUGUUGCGGAUAGUUGCCUGGUUUCUUCACCAGAUACCGCUCGGGAUAUCGUAGCCAUUGAUCUUGUUCGCUGUGCGAAGUACAAUUCCAACGAUAAACUGUCAAGUGGGAUCUUUAAAGUUUCUAUUUACCCCUCCA